AUGCUCUUGAAGUUGCUCACCGGUGCGGUUGGCUUGACUGCGAUCCUCCUGAAAGGAUGCGGGGACGCUGUCUACGACACUCUUGACGAAGCCCAAUCCGCCGUGUGCGGCGGGUCACAAUGCAAGGGCUUCUGCAACUGCUGCGUUGCAGGCAACUUUGGAAACAUUAGCAGGGUGAAGGGUUCAGCUAUCAGGGAGGUCACAGAGGAAGAGAGCCGCCAGCACUCCAACUUCGGCUACUGCGGUUACCAAUUCGACACGAAACCUGGCUCGGAACUUGGGUAUCCUUGUCGGCAGGAUAUCGGUACUGUCGAAGAGUGGUGUGAUGAUGCUUGA